AACAUGGAUGCGCCCACGACACCCACAUGCUGCAUGUGUUCCGACAGACAUUGCCAUUGAUUGAACAUUGAUUCUAUCUCGCUCUGAAUAUUGUGUUGUUCUGGAAAUCUUUUAAAGACACCUUUAGCCUGGUUUCAAACUGUUCAGAAAUCAGCAAGUAUCAAUAGUAUGGCAAGAAAUAAGGCAGAUAAUGACUUUGUGAUGUCGCAUGAUUUGGCAUGUAUUUGGCGAAUGGAGAAGGGGAUUGCGCAAUCACUCGAAAAUGAUAACAUGAACAUCGGGGAUCAAUGUGAGGCAUGGAUGAGGGAAUUCGCCACCAAUAGCUUUGAACUUGACAAAGAGGAAGUAAGAAAGUUCCUAUUAUCAAUGUUGAAUGGAGAUUACGAAGAGGUGAUGACAUCAGUUAUCACUAGUCACAUCCUAGCCAGAACUCCUGACCAAGAUAUUGCAGAGCAGAUCUCCAGAAAUAUCACAGAUUUUGUUGCACAACAUCAACAUCCAAGAGAAAAAGUUUUUAGGCAGUUCUUAGUAGCAUGUGUGGGCAUUUCAAGUUUGCAGUUAUUUGUUCAAAAUAAUUGGACUGGACCACUGACAAGUAAACCUGUGAUGGAUCGUGUAUCAGAAAGUCUUCUUUUUCUUCAAAAGGAUAAACAUGUACAGAGUUUAGCCAAAUCCACACUCUGUCCUGAGGACUGUUCAAUAUAUCCUUUAGUUUGUUUGCCAGAACUACUUCUCAUUGCUCGAUGCAUUCUAGUAGAAUCCAGUAAUCAUGUUGCCCUUUGUAAGACAGCAGAUUGGUGGAGGUUACGAUGCCUUUGGGUUCAGCAGCAAGUCCUAGAUGAGAGAUCACCACAACUCUACGAUCUCAUCUUGCCCCUUAUCAAUUCAAUCAGAGAAGAUGAGAUACUAAUGUCUCCUGAGCCAGACUGCUCUCUUCCACUCAUGUUUCAUCUGGAAUGUAGUCACAUCUUUUCCUACUACUAUGAGUACAAGAAGGGCACUGAAUGCAUAGCUAAAGCAAAGAAACUGGCUGGAAUAGAAGUGGGGCACACAGGUGCUCUUGGGAAGAGGACUAAAUUCCAGAUCGAUGACAAAGCUCAGCUUGUUCUCACGGUAACAAGAAAUGAUGAAGGAGAUAGAGGAUCAGAGCCUACAUCUUUAUCUUCUUCCACUGAAGGCUUGCCAAAGGAUUUGCAGCUGGAUGAUGACACUGUCUUGCAUGCCAUUAAUUUCACAGAAGAUAUGGAAGGAAAAAUACCUCUUUUGACAAGACUAGAACAAGCCAUAGUCCUUGGAGAGUGUAUGGAACAUAAGCGUUCCAAACCAAAAGAUCUACUUGUGACUGAAGAGCUGAAGACAUAUGUUGUGGGUCUAUUGAGACAACCCCAGAGCUGGAUGAUCCAUACCCUGGCUCUCAGACUCCGAUGUUUACUGGAGAAGGAUAAGAGAAGGACUGUGGAAAGAGCCAUGAUGCAAAUGCAGGUUCUAGUGGAUCAAAUUCCUAGCACCGAAUGUCCUGGCAGAGAUAGGCUGAAACUCUUCUAUGCUGUCAGCCUUCCUCCUAAAUGGACAUUAGAGGGAGAGCUUGCAGGACUCCUAACCAGUCUGGGAUGUACGAGCGCUGCCUUAGAGAUCUAUGUCAGACUAGAGCUCUGGGAAGAUGUGAUUCGAUGCUACAAGAGUAUUGGAAAACCAGAGAAGGCCAUCCAUAUCAUCGAGGAGGAGCUGGCUAAGGAAGAGACUGCCCUCAUGUGGUGUCUAUUUGGGGAUGUGACGCUUGAGAAGAAGUAUUACGAGAAGGCAUGGGAGGUGUCAGGUCAAAAAUCAUCUAGAGCGAUGAAAUCACUGGGUCUGAUCUACCUUCAUGAUGAAGAAUUCCUCAAGGCCAUUGAAUGUUUAGAGCUGUCGUUGGAUAGAAACUACCUCCAGUAUGGAGCUUGGUUCAGUCUUGGCUUUUGUUCGUUCCAGAGCAAGAAGUAUGAGACAGCCGUCAAAGCCUACCGUAGAUGUGUACAGCUUGAAAAUGAUGAUUCACAGUCCUGGAAUAAUCUUGCAACAGCCUUCAUCAAGCUAAAAGACAAACCCAAAGCCUUCAGAACCUUACGAGAAGCUAUAAAAUGCAACUAUGAAAACUGGAAGAUUUGGGACAACUUUCUCGGGGUGUGCAUUGAUAUAGGUGAGUUUGGGGAGAGCAUCAGGGCAUACGGGCGGCUCCUGGACUUGAAGAAGAAGCAUGUUGAUGAAGCUGUUCUAGAGGUCAUGGUGAGAGCCGUGCUGGAAGACCUCAUGGAUUGCCAUGAAAAGCCAGUUAGCUUACUAAAACCCAAAAUCUUGGAGCUGUUUGGAAGGAUCACAUCAGAGGUGACGGCUAAUGCUACAGUGUGGAGUCUGUAUGCAAAACUACUGGGUAGCUGCCAGUCAGACAACCUCGUACAGAAUGACAAAGCUUUGCAGUGCUUACAGAGAGCUCAUCGACUAGUCACACAGGAUGAACAUUGGCAGACAGAGGUCAGCCAGGUCAAAGAGGUCAUAGAUCAAACACUCACACUUGCAGAAGCUUAUGAGUAUUGCAGUAAAGAGAAGACCAAUGAUGCUCAGACUGUCCAGUUACUUUCAUCAGCUAAGCUUAUGAUUAAAUCAGUCAUCUCAAAGAUCAAGAAAGAGCAUUACGAUGCGAUAGUUCCACCACCAACUUGGGCUGAAGUGAGUCAACCUGUCGAGGGACUAGAGACCAAACUUCAAGAACUACUGGACAGCAUAUCUCAGUUAAAAUCAGGCUGAAAAAUAUGAACUCACCUAUACUCCAUUUUGAGCUCAAUUGAGUUGCAAGACCUUGUACAGCAUAUCUCAGUUAAAAUCAUGCUGGAAAAUGUGAACUUACCUAUACUCCAUAUUGAGUUCAUUUGAGUUGCAAGAACUUGUGAUUUCAAAGGGAAAACAAACUGAUAUAUGUCGAAUGAUGUAGCAAAGGAAAGCAUCAGGUUAUACAAUAAAUAAUAGACUUUAAAUCCUGGAUUGGAUUUUCCAAUAUUUUUAUUUUAAUUUGUAUAUAGAACCUGUCAACUUGUUUUCUAUAUUUAAGAAAUGUACGAGGUAUAUACCCAGGUAACUCCUUCAAUGAGAUUUAUGACGUAUCAUCCAAAUGGAGAAUUAUAAAAAAGUUUUCUUCUUGACAAUCCUUUGGAGAUUUAUAUAUGUGGCCUCAAUAAAAGAUAAAUACAUGUUUAACAAACUGAGUCAGAUUUGGUAUUGACCAUUCCUAUAAAUGCAUUCAUGUUAAAUUUAGCUUGGAUGCUGUUUAGAGAAAUGCAGAAGAUCAAAUUUUGUUUUUAAGUAUGACUUUCCAUAACUUCAUGAUUAUGCUACUCAUGCCAGUAGUACAUGUAUAUAUUAUUUAUAGAAUAUAAAUAUACCCUUAAAGAUAUAGACUGGUAGUGGUAAAGCAGAAAUAUAUGCCCAAAUGUUCAAUGUUGAAGUGCAUUCACGAUAUCUAUCCAGGCCGGAUCGAUGUGAUAAAUUUACCAAAUAUAUC